AUGUGUAUAUAAGCUCAUGAACCUAACAGUAGUUGAUAUUAGUGUGCAAAAUAAUUUCAUCGAAAAUGUUUAGAUUUAUUAUUGCUCUUCUAAGUGUUUCCUGUUUUAUGGCGCAUGUUUGCGAUGGAUUCGUUGAAACACAUCAUCUUCUUGAUAAGCCUGUCGUAGCCAGUGUAGGAGCUAUCGUGCAUUCAGGUCCAUCGCAUGUUUCCCAGCAAAGUGUCUCUCAAGUUCAUAGCAAAGCUGUAAUUCAUCCUGCUCUGUCACCGGCAGUGACAACAAGAGUUCGUACGAGUACAAUGCCGGUGAUUAAGGCGUACGAUUCAUUAUCUCAGACAUAUUCUGUUCCAUUACCCAAUUCGGCUGGACACCAUUGAAAAUCACAAAAUGAAACGUUUAAUAUUUUAGCUGAAUACCGUGUCCUUUAAAGGCUUCUUGUUGUUGUCGAAAUUUUUAGUAUACAAUUGAAAUUUUGCAUUUUUAAUAAAAUUUGCUUUAAAAAAUUGUAAAAUUUAGAAAGAAAUUUCUAUUAAAUACAUACGACGGAAUUACUUUUUUUUAAUACCAAGACAU